CGCGCCGGUCCCGGUGCCAAAAGGGGCCGCGGCGGCUCCGCGCGCUCCGCGCCCGGCGGCGGUGCGGGGCUGCGUUGGGGCUCUCCGGUGCGUGCGGCUCCGUGCCCCGUGCCCGGCCCCUAACCCUCCCCCCCCAUUUCCCACCCCCUGGGUCGGUGCCUGCCAGCCGCCGACUCUCCCUUCUCCUCCGGUAACCGGGGACGCUCCGGUGCCCGCCCCGUUCCUCCGUUAACUUCUUCUUCUCGGUGGUCCCACCUCCCACCCCACCCCUCCCAGGGCUGUUCCGCCCAUUCCCGUCCCCGGUUAUUGUCCCUCUCCUUCCCGGUUCUGCCCCGCCGGGGCUCGACUGGCAGCUGCCCACAGCCGGGAUGCGCCGCAAUGGAUGAGUUCCACCCCUUCAUCGAGGCACUGCUGCCCCACGUUCGGGCUUUUUCCUACACCUGGUUCAACCUGCAGGCCCGUAAACGCAAGUACUUCAAGAAGCACGAGAAGAGGAUGUCGAAGGAGGAGGAACGCGCCGUCAAGGACGAGCUGCUGGGCGAGAAGCCCGAGGUCAAGCAGAAAUGGGCCUCACGCCUCCUGGCCAAGCUACGCAAGGACAUCCGGCCCGAGUGCCGCGAGGACUUCGUGCUCUCCGUCACUGGCAAGAAGGCGCCUUGCUGCGUCCUCUCCAACCCCGACCAGAAGGGGAAGAUUCGCCGUAUCGACUGCCUGCGCCAGGCUGACAAGGUGUGGAGGCUGGACCUGGUGAUGGUCAUCCUGUUCAAGGGCGUCCCGUUGGAGAGCACCGACGGCGAGCGCCUGGCCAAGGCCCCGCAGUGCGCCAGCCCCGGGCUCUGCGUGCAGCCCCAUCACAUCGGAGUCACCAUCAAGGAGCUCGAUCUCUACUUGGCCUUCUUUGUGCAGGCGCCUGACUCCGGACAAUCUGACAGCUCUAACCCCCAGGGCGAUGCAGACAUCAAACCUCUGCCCAACGGGCAUCUGAGCUUCCAGGACUGCUUCGUGACGUCAGGUGUCUGGAACGUGACGGAGCUGGUGAGGGUGUCCCAGACCCCUGUGGCUACGGCGUCAGGCCCCAACUUCUCGCUGGCUGACCUGGAGAGCCCGGGGGGUUACUACAACAUCAGCCCCGUCACCCUCGGCCGCCGGCCUCUGGGGCCCCCCACUGCCAGCGGCCCAAAGCGUCCCAAGGCUCUGGACGAGGGGGAUCUGGAGGGUCCUGGGGAUGAUGUCUUCUACCCUGGGCCAGGAAGGUCCCCAGCCCCUGGCAGCAGCCAAGGGCCCUGGGGGGGGGACGUGGACACCGGCCCAGCCACGCUGAAGAAAUCGGGGAAGUUGGAUUUCUGCAGCGCACUGUCAGGGCACGGCGCCAGCCCCCGCAUGGCCUUCGGCCACCACCCACUGCCCGUCCUGGCCGGCGUCCGCCCCGGAUUCGCUCAAGGACUUCGUGCAGUUCGUCUGCGCCGACGGCGCCGCGCAGGGCCCCCAGCAUUCACAGCGCCCGGCUCCGCCGCUACCCCCCGCUUUGUCGGCCUCGGACCCCGCGACAGCAACUUUCUGAGCCUGCCCCAGCAGCAGGUAUGGAAACCCCCAUACAGAGAGCCUCAGGAGCCCCCCAGGACCCCACAGGACCUUUCUGGUCCCUUCUUACGGAGUUCUCAGGGCCACCUCUGGCCCCUACCUCCCCUAUUCCACGCUAAUUAGGGUCCUUAAUGAGCCUUAGGCCUUCAUCCCCAGCACAGUUUUGUUGCCGUGGGCAACAAGCCAUGACGUCACUUCCGGCAUAGGGAACAAUAGGGGGCUUGGCCUGUCGUCACCAUAGCAACGCCCCACCCUCACACUGCGGGCUCCCCCCCCCCCCACGGUGGGGCCCCUAUUGGCCCCCGGACACCCGUGGCACGACGCCCGAUUGGCUGCCUGCCCCGCGGUGCGUACGGCUGAUUGGCUGGCAGCAGAGGAGGUGAUAGAGCCGGCCCCGAGCCAAUGGGAAGGGGGGGGGGGGGAAGGGGGUGCUACGGGAGGGCGGUGCCUGAUUGGCUGGCAGCUGGCGGCACUUGGCAGGCUUCGGGCUCUGCGGCGGGAUGGCGCACGGUGAUUGGCCGAGCGCGAUGGUGCGGUGGUGAAGCAGCCAAUGGGAGGCCGCGGCGGCGGUGGGUGGGGUUUGGAGCGGGCA